UUUAAUUAUGCCAAAAGGAAAGGCAAAACCAGAUAUCAUUUGGGGACAUUGUACUAAAGUAGACCCAAAAAAUAGAGUUAGAUUGCAAUGCAAUUAUUGCAAUAAAUUUUUUUAUGGAGGAGUAUUUAGAAUGAAGAAUCAUCUUGCUGGAACAAAAAUUGAUGCUUCUGUUUGCACGGUGGUUGAUGAAGCUACAAAAGAACUUUUCAAAAAAUUAUUGAGGGAUUUUGAGGAAAACAAGUCUAAGGCAAUGGAUGAUGAAUGUUUUGAAGUUGAGAGUGACGGGAACGGGGAUGUGAAAUCUGUUUUCAAUAAAGGAAAACAAAAAACAAUGAAUCAAGCAUUGAAGGAUAGAGAGCCCGUAACUCGAGCUUUAUGUCGACUUAUAUACGGUGAAGCGUUGCCAUUUAACUUGGUGAAGUCUCCAUUGUGGAAAGAAGCUUUGAGACUUAUAGGGGAGUAUGGGAAAGGAUUGAAACUUCCUUCAUAUCAUGAGGCGAGAGUAACAUACCUAAAGAAAGAGGUAGAAUGUGUUGAAAAAGGGUUGAAUGAGUACAAGGAAGAGUGGAAGAAAAUGGGGUGCACUCUUAUGUCUGACGGUUGGACGGAUGGAAAACAAAGGUCUAUCACAAAUUUUCUUGUGAAUAGUCCAAGUGGCACGGUAUUUGUGAAAUCAAUUGACACAUCUUCAUUUGCUAAAGAUGCAAAUAAGUUAUUUGAAAUGCUUAAUUCAAUUGUUGAAGAAAUUGGGGAGGAGAAUGUGGUCCAAGUCGUCACCGAUAGUGCUUCGACUUAUGUGUUAGCCGGUUUAAAGUUGGAGCAAGAGAGACCUCGUUUAUAUUGGUCACCGUGUUCUGCCCAUUUGAUUGACUUGAUGUUGCAAGACAUUGGAGGUGGAAAAACAUUCAAAUACACCUUAGAUAAAGCACGAAAAGUAACCGUUUAUAUUUAUAGACAUUGUGUUUUGUUAUCCAUGUUUAGAAGGUUCACCGGUGGUCAAGAAUUAACACGAGCUGGGUUAACACAAUUUGCUACUUCUUUUCUUACAUUGAAAAGAUUUCAAGAGUUAAAACAUCCAAUUCGACAGUUGUUUGCUUCUAAUGAAUGGGCCGAAUCCACCUUUGCUUCUAAAGAUGAAGGGAAGUUAGUUGAAAGAAUUAUUUUGGUUGAUGUCAACUUUUGGAAGGCUAUAAAAUAUUGUUUGAGUUGUGUAGUUCCUAUUUUUAAGGUAUUGAGACUUAUGGAUGGCAAUGUGAAACCGACAAUGGGAUAUAUAUACGAAGCUAUGGAUCGGGCAAAAGAACAAAUAAAAGUGAACUUCCAUGGUGUCGAGUCAAGAUAUAAACCUAUUUGGGACAAGAUUGAUCUUAGGUGGAAUAUGCAACUUCAUAGGCCACUUCAUGUUGCGGGAUAUUUUCUUAAUCCUAGGUAUAUAUUUUUAUUAUUUCACUAACAUUUAUUAUAUAUGACUAAACACAUACUUUCUUUUAUUUUAUAAACUUGUCUUCAUUUCAAGGAGAACUUUAAUGCUGAUAAAGAAGUCAAAUGUGGAUUGUAUGAUGUCAUUGAAAGGAUGUAUGAUAGGCCAACAAUGGUGACAAUUCAUGAACAACUUGUAAAGUUCAAUGAGAGCAUCGGGAUGUUUGGGAUAUCCGCAGCCGUGUUAAUGAGGAAGAAAAUGCAACCUGCUAAAUGGUGGUCAAGUUAUGGAGAUGAGUGCCUGGAACUUCAACAUCUUGCUAUUCGUGUCUUGAGCCUCACAUGUAGUGCCACCGGAUAUGAGAGAAACUGGAGCACUUUUGACCAUAUACACUCCAAGAAGAG